AUGGCGACGCCGCCGAAACCCUGGAGGGCCGAGUACGCGAAAUCGGGGCGGUCUUCAUGCAAAACCUGCAAGUCUGUCAUCGACAAGGACCAGCUGCGCCUCGGCAAGAUGGUCACCGCCAAGCAAUUCGACGGUUUCAUGCCGAUGUGGAAUCAUGCUAGUUGUGUCCUCAAGAAGGCAAAGCAGAUUAAAUCCUUUGAUGAUGUUGAAGGCAUAGACUUGUUACGUUGGGAGGAUCAACAAAAAAUACGGAAGUAUGUCGAAGAUGGUUCUAUGCAAACUACUUCUACUGGAACUGCUAUUGCUGACAGUGAAUGUGCUAUAGAAGUUUCUCAAACUUCUCGUGCUACUUGUAAGCGCUGCAACGAGAAGAUCAUCAAAGGAACGGUUCGCAUCUCAACCAAGCCAGAGGGUCAGGGUGCUAGGGGUGUAGCCUGGCACCAUGUCCACUGCUUCAUACAGAUGUCUCCAUCAGUUAAUGUAGAGAAAGUUUCAGGUUGGGACAAUCUUCCAUCUGAAGAAAAAGCAGCUGUUUCUUCUUGUGUUAAAAAGGAUUCUUCUACCACUAAAAGAGAGGAUACAGGAAAGGAAGAAAAAGCUGCAGCUUCUGAACAGACUAAAGGCGCUAAACGUAAAACAGAUGGGAAUGAUGAACAGAAAACUAAAGUUUCAAAAUCAAAUGAAGAUGUAUUAGCUGGUGGGUCUUCAAGUAGUGGCAAGGCUGUUGAUUUAGAAAGUAAGCUGAAAGAACAAACUAAUGCGCUAUGGGAAAUAAAAGAUGGGCUUAAAAAGAAUGUAACUACUGCAAUGUUACGACAAAUGCUUGAAGCUAACGAUCAAGAUUCAGGAGGAUCAGAUAAUGAUCUACGAGAGCGAUGUGCUGAUGGUAUGCUCUUUGGAGCACUGGGGAAGUGCCCUAUCUGUUCGGGCUCUCUGCGUUACUCUGAUGGGCAGUAUUAUUGUAAUGGUUAUGUGUCUGCAUGGAGCAAGUGUUCGUACUCAACUGCUGAGCCUGUGCGACUCAAGAAAAAAUGGAUAAUCCCUGAAGGGACAGAAAAUGAGUAUCUUCUAAAGUGGUCAAAGUCUCAAAAAGCGAAAAAGCCUGAUCGAGUCCUUCCUCCAGUAUCUAGUAAAUCUUUGGUUCGUCAGAUAUCCCCAGUCAAGUCACAAACAUAUUAUAGUGAAAGAUUGGAUGACCUGAAAAUUGCUAUUUCUGGUGACAUGAGCCAACAGGAGGAUUGGAAGAGGAAGCUUGUGGAGGCUGGGGGAAGGGUCCACUCCAAGAUCACUAAAGAUACUAGUUGUCUGGUUUUAUGCGAAGGGGCAGCUAAUUCAGAUUCAGAAAUAAGAAAAGCAAGGAGGAUGAAAAUUCCAAUUGUGAGGGAUGAAUACCUGGGCGAGUGUAUAAAGAAACGCAAGAAGCUUCCAUUCGAUCUAUAUAAAGUUGAAGCAGCUAAUGAGACUUUAAAAAAUGAUACAGUAACUGUGAAGGUGAAAGGUCGGAGUGCAGUUCAUGAGGCCUCUGGUUUGCAAGACACAGGCCACAUUCUUGAGGAUGGGAAUAGCAUUUAUAAUACAACAUUAAAUAUGUCUGACCUUGUAACUGGUGUCAACAGUUACUAUAUUCUACAGAUCAUCCAAGAGGAUAAAGGGUCAGAUUGUUAUGUUUUCCGUAAGUGGGGACGUGUUGGAAGUGAUAAAAUUGGAGGGUUCAAAUUGGACGCGAUGUCAAAAUAUGAUGCAAUUGAAGAAUUUAAACGGUUAUUUCGUGAAAAGACAGGGAAUCCUUGGGAAGCUUGGGAAAAGAAGCACAACUUCCAGAAGCAUCCAGGCAAAUUCUUUCCGCUGGAUAUUGACUAUGGUGUUCCACGAGUACCGAGAAAGAAAGAUCCUUCAAAAAUGAAGAGCCUACUUGCUCCUCAGUUAACAGAGCUAAUGAAGAUGCUUUUUAAUGUUGAGACUUACAGGGCUGCAAUGCUGGAAUUUGAAAUUAAUAUGUCAGAGAUGCCACUUGGGAAGCUAAGCAAGAUGAACAUCCAGAAGGGAUUUGAAGUGUUAACGGAGAUACAAAAUAUAUUAAAUGAUACUGCUAAGAGUGAUCCUGCUGUUAGAGAGAGCUUAAUUGUUGAUGCUAGCAAUCGAUUUUUCACUCUUAUCCCUUCAAUUCAUCCUCAUGUCAUAAGAGAUGAAGAUGAUUUCAACAAGAAGGUGAAAAUGCUAGAAGCUCUUCAAGAUAUUGAAAUUGCUUCUAGACUGGUGAAUUUUGAUAGUGAAGAUGAUGAAUCUCUUGAUGAGAAGUACAAGAAGCUUCACUGUAACAUUGCUCCACUUCCUCAUGGUAGUGAAGAUUAUCGACUGAUUGAGAAGUAUCUUCUUAAUACUCACGCUCCGACCCAUAAGGAAUGGAGCCUUGAACUUGAAGAAGUUUUCUCUCUUGAGAGAGAAGGAGAAUUUGAUAAGUAUGCGCCACAUCGCGAUAAACUCAAGAAUAAGAUGCUGCUAUGGCAUGGUUCUCGUUUGACAAACUUUGUGGGUAUUCUUAGCCAAGGUCUAAGAAUAGCACCUCCUGAAGCUCCAGCAACAGGGUACAUGUUUGGCAAAGGAAUUUAUUUUGCUGACCUGGUUAGCAAAAGUGCACAGUACUGCUUUGUCGACAGAAAUGAUCCAGUUGGUCUCAUGCUUCUUAGUGAGGUUGCUUUGGGAGAGAUUCAUGAGCUCAAGAAAGCAACCUAUAUGGAUAAGCCACCAAGGGGUAAGCAUUCAACCAAGGGACUCGGAAAGACUGUACCUCUGGAAUCGGAGUUUGAGAAGUGGAGAGACGUGAUUGUGCCUUGUGGGAAGCCUGUGCCUUCAAAUAUUAGAGGGUCUGAGCUAUUAUAUAAUGAGUACAUUGUUUAUAAUACAGCUCAGGUUAAGAUGCAGUUUCUGUUGAAGGUGAGAUUUCACCAUAAGCGGCAGUGAUGAUGAUGGGUUAGGUGCUUAACUUUUGUCUUUUGGAUAAUUUUUUGGGGAUCACGUUUGCGGGAGAGCAAACUUUGUUCAUGUUGGCGCUCCAUUUGAUACUAACAGAACGCAUCAAAAAUUUCAAUCAAAUUGUUAUGGCUUAUGUAGUAAACUUUUCUUGUAUAUAUGGCUAGUAAAAUAGUAGUUAGUUUCUGCAAUGUCAGUCUAUUUCUGAAAUAUCAGUAAAAUAUGAGCUGGUGCUAUUGCUUUUGUUAUUAUUAGGACUGGUAAUAAAAUUCUCUUACACAUUAAA